CACACACACACAUACACACAUAGGGGGAGCAACGGCACACACAAACAAACACAAAUGCACUAAAUUCCAUGAAUUGCCAACUCAAAUUAAUCCCAAAAAUUUCAACGGUCAGAUCUAUAUAUGUUUCUAGAUUCCCCAAUUUUUUCACGCGGAUUCCAAUUUGGGGGUUAAUUAGAAAUUUCUACUACUUUUACACUAAAAAGAAAGAGAUCCCGCCUUUAUUGAGGGUUAAUUCUUUCUACCUUUGUUCCCCUCCUCUCCUAAUUUCUUCUUAAAAAGCUCUCCUACUUUUCUUCUUCUUCUUCUUCUUUUUUUCUCAAACAAAAUCCCAAUCCGACUUCCCUAAUUCACCCCUUAUUUCAGAAAAAAGAGAAACUUUCCUUUAAAUGAAAUCUUCCUUAUUAUGGUGGGCUUGGGCUGAUUCUUCUUCUUCACACGGAUUUCCUGAUUUUGUAUGCUUAUUAUAUAUACUACAAUGCUAUGACCGGUGGUGGCGGAGGAGACUUUUGUAGUUGUAGUUGUCAGCCACUGUGUUCUGACGAACAAUGCCAAGCCGGUGAUUAUUUUCUGGGGUGGGAUUACGUCAUUGUUGUUGUUCGAAUUCGGGGCUCCCUUUCUAUUCCGACUGCCCGGAUCAGAUGGGCUGCUGCGUCUCCAAGGUAGAUGACCUACCGUUAGUUAUCCGUUGCAGAGAGAGAAAAGAUUUGUUGAAAUCCGCCGCCAACCACCGCUACGCCCUCGCCGCCGCUCACCUAUCUUACUUUAUCUACCUGAAGGACGUUGGUGAAGCUUUGAGGAAAUUCGUGGACGAGGAGCUGGUUUAUAAUACGACGUCGUCUUCUUCCUCCACCUCUUCUCCCAUCGUCACCUUCCAUCCAAUCAACGACGACGACGACGACGACGACGAGGACGGCCACAAUGCUGAAAAACGAGUAAAGAAGCUGAAAAGUAGUGACAAGAGUAAAAUUUCCGGGUCGGAUGCUUCUGGGUCCGCUUUACAUCAUGUGCACCAUGAUGAUGAUGACAAUGAUUCCCACUUGCAUCUUUCAGGUGAUGAUUCGGAUUCCGACGGUCACAGUCAUGUACACGUAGGCAGUGACGAUGAUGAUCAUGAGGCUCAGGGUGGUUUUCGGGGCGUGUAUACGGGCUACUACAACCCGGGUUUUUAUUAUCCGGGUGGAUACUCCUCGGUUCCUUAUGGCUAUGAAACGAUGGAUGAGCCUAUAAAUCAGGCGGUGGCGCCACCGUAUUGGGGAUCGUUCCCGAACUACCUUGGUGAAGGUCAGCCGUAUCAAGCAUGGGCGCCGCCGUCUUAUGAAAAUCCCGAUUUGAAUUAUCGCCAUACUAAUGUGUAUUAUAUGAAAAAGUCGUCCCCUAAGAUGAGAACAGUGAUUCACGACCCUGGGCCGGCAACCAAUGGCUUUGCCAGUCACUUUGUAAGCCACCCUUACGAGAAUGAGGGUUUUUACGGGGUGCCGAUGGGGCCGCCGCUGGGGUUUCAGGACAGCAAGAAACAGAGCGGACCUAAGGUUACGCCACCGCCUCCGUCGCCCAAGGGAUCUUCUGCUUGGGAUUUUUUUAACGUUUUUGAGUAUAAUGGUGAGUAUGAUGCUGCUAAUUUGGCGAACUAUGAAGUUCCAAAUGGAUAUGGGGACUAUGGAGUUUCAAAUGGAUAUGAGUCUAGCUUUAGUAGUCCGGAUUCAGCUGAAGUGAGGAAGAGAGAGGGGAUCCCUGAUUUGGAGGAGGAAACUGAGAAUGAGGUAUAUGGUGGAGAGCUGGAAAAAGGGGAGAGAAUGGAGGUGAAGAGUAGUUAUGCAGGCGAAGGCAGCUCUAAGCCGAAAUCGGGUCGUAGAGUUAGAGCACCACGAUUGCAUAAGAUUAGUGAAGAUUCUUCCGAAAGGGAGAGGGGUUUUCCAUUACAUGACGGAGCUUUCAAGAGUGUGCCAUUGCAUAGGAGUAGUGAUGAAAGUUCAAGGCCAUUGUCAUCGCCAUCACCGGAAGGACAAACUUUUCCUGGAAAAAGUUCAAGGGGGAUACCUUCAGAACACACUGAAUCACCAGGACAAACUUCUCCUGGAAAAAGUUCAAGGCGGGUGCCUUCAGAACACAAUGAAUCACCAGGAACUAUACAUUUGAGUGAGGAAAUGAGUAGUUCAGAGACCAUUCUAUCAUCAAAGAGUCCACAAGAUGCAUAUGUGCGCAAAAAAGAGGUCAGUUUUGAGGUGAAUGAGAAUCUGAAGUCUGAAAUGGCUGCAUUGUCAUCACAUGGUACACGCGAUCUUCGGGAAGUGGUGGCUGAAAUACGUGAUGAGUUUGCAGUUGCUACUGAAUAUGGGAAAGAGGUUGCACUGAUGCUCGAGGUUGGAAAGCUGCCAUAUCGACAUAAUUUUCUUAAAGAAUUACUCUCAAGGCUUCUAAAAUCAUCAUCUGGUGAAUCUUUUCAACCAUCAGCAACCUCUGCAAGAUUAGCUUCUAAAACUCAUAAAUUAGCUAAAUCAUAUUUCGGAGAUGAUUGGGAAAACAUUGAGUCACCUUAUAAACUUUCCUCCACAUUGGAGAAGUUAUAUGUGUGGGAGAAAAAACUUUACAAGGCAGUGAAGGCAGAGGAGAAACUUCGGAUUAUUAACAAAAAGCAGCGCGAACAACUGACUCUUUUGGAUAAGAAUGGUUCUGAGCCCAGCAAAAUUGAUGCCAUUCGUGCUUCUAUUCGAAACUCAGAGACCAAGUUAAAUAUUUGCUUCAAAACAAUUACUGCUAUAGCAAUCAGGAUAGACAAGUUGAGAGAUGAGGAGCUUCAACCACAAGUUGCUGGCCUAGUUCAAGGGUAUAAUUUUUCAUGCUAUGCAAAUUAUCAAUCCACAGGAUUGCUUUCAUCUACUUUUGCUUGUUUGUGCACAUUGAUUGAAUGUUUCAUGCUACUCUUGACUUCCUAACUAUAUUGUGCUUGUGCUUAUUGAAGAAAUUUUUGGGAAAAUCAUGUAGUCAACUUUCUUAUCCAUUUCAAAUAUAGCUGGAAGAGUCGUCAUAAAUUCUUCCAGCUUUGUGCUAAUAAUGAAUUAGAUCAAAGUGGCUAAUUUAAAUUGUGGUGCUUCUUACUUUUGGUGAAAUUGCCGGAAAUCAAUAGAUCAAAUGUACCAAUGCAUCUCGUUGUGGUUAAACAGUCUCUCUGUAUUGAAAUACCGUGGUAAGGCUGUGUAUAUUUUGACCCAACCUAGUUGGGAAUAUACUGGCAAUGUUGUUGUUGUUGUCGCUGUUGUAUCUUGGAGUCACUUUUGUUACAUUUGAUAUGUAUGACAACUGUUCAAUUGAUGUUUGUUAUCACCAUGCAUGAGACUAUCUUUAGAGAAUACAAGAUAGUUCAGCUUUCAAUUUCUUCUUGCAGAAUCCUUAGGGAGACUUCAUAGAGUUACCUGAGUCAUUAGAGUUGGGAGAAACUGUUAUUUGAACAUAUUAUGCGUGAACGGGCUCUUUUUGUUUGGUCCUUCAUGCUUGGGUGAAUUUAAUUAAACAAUUCGUGGGAUCAAUCUAUGAUUGCUAGUUUAUUUUGAACAUUUUUUAUGUUCAUUCUCUGAUGGUGUGGAAUCAUGACAUAUAGGCUCAUAACAAUGUGGAAGUCGAUACUUGGCUGUCACCAGAAACAGUUCCAAGCUAUAAUGGAAAGUAAAAUUAGAACAUUGAAGGCAAACACUGGUUUCCAGAAAGACUCUAACUCACGGGCUUCUCGGGAACUUGAGGCGGAACUUCGGGCAUGGUCUGUGAGAUUUAAUGAUUGGAUUAUCACCCAAAAGUCUUAUGUUCAUUCAAUGAACGAGUGGCUUGUGCGAUGCAUAGAAGAUGAACCUGAAGAAACCCCAGAUGGACCUGUCCCUUACUCCCCUGGACGACUCGGAGCUCCUCCAAUUUUCCUGAUAUGCAAUGAUUGGUUUCAAGCAAUGGAAGCUAUUUCUAACGUCCCUGUAGCCAGUGCAAUGCAUACUUUUGCGUCAAGUUUGCAUGAGCUUUGGCAAAAGCAAGAUGAAGAGCAACGCCAAAGAGUCAAAGCAGGAGAUCUCAUCCCUAAUGAACUGAAGAACCGACUUAGGAAACUUCAAUUGGAAAGAGGAAAAACCGAACGUGAAUUGGAUGCAAUGUCCGACAGGACGUUAUUAUCUAUAAUGCUCUCAGAAAAUGGAGUUUCACCUCAUGAUGAUCUAAAGGUAGACUUAGAUUUGGUGCGGAAGAGAUUGGUAGAAGAGAGAGCAAGACACAAGGAUGCUGUAAAAAUUGUGCAUGAAGCAGCUGCAAGUAGUGUACAGGGAGGUUUGGUUCCCAUUUUCAAGGCCUUAGAAAGUUUCUCUUCUGAAGCCUUGAAAGUACAUGAACAAGUUAGGUUACAAUCUGAUGUGAAAGCAUCAUGAUGAGCUUCGCUAUUCAGUUAGAUUUUUCAGAAGUUUUCGGAACAGUUGUAGGCUUCUUUCCUGUUAAGUUUUGCAGAGAUGACAAGUCUCAUUUUAUGGGGAAGGGGAAUUAGUUUUAACUUAGAUUUAGCUUUGAUGUCCUUGGCUUUAGGUGAGAUUCUUUUGCUGUGGAAUAACUUCUAACUUGUUGAAGUUUUGAAGAGAUAGCUAGUCUUAGGGAUCGUGGGGGAAAGUUACUUUAGAGUUAGUUUUGGUGCCCUCCUUAAUUACUCUAGGGUAUUAGGUGAGAUCUGCUUUUUGUACAGGUAUUGAAUUUAUUUGUUGAUUCAAUUAUUGCUUAGCUUAUAAUCUGUUUGGGAGGUUUAAUUUUGAUUUAUCAGUCGUUGCAGAGUAGGACAUUGGGAUAUGGCCGCAAGUAAUUUUUGUGUAUUAUUAUUGUCAUCAUGAUUAUUCACUUCACAUUUUUGUUUGCGAUUGCGAAUAUGUAUAAAUUUGAAGGGAACAAAAUAAAAAACCUUCAUUUUAUUAUUUUGUGGUAAAACAGGCUUGUAUCUCUUUGAUUUCUUACUUUUUAAACAAAAAUCCCCAUCGUUGUAUGAAUUAUAUUGUGGGGAAACUGGUUUUUCUCUUCAAUUGACUCACUUUUGGAUGAUUUUCCUCAUCUGCAUUGAAGUUAAAAUGUGUUUUUGGCAACUUGUAUACUUCAAGAAGUCCUGUUCAAAAUUAUAUGAAUGCAUAUUCCAAAGAGUUGCAACUAGUAUUCUAAAAGUUCGAGACUUUCAUGUUAAAGGGCUGGCUUGAGAGGAGGGAUGCCUUAAACUUUCACUCUCUUGAUGGUUCUUCUGCUACUAUGUGAGUGUUUCUCGGGUUCUUCGCCUUUUUUUUUUCUUUUGUCUGGCCAAUCUUUGGAUAAUCUGUUUUGUGUUAUUCUUGCUCUGCCUUGGUGAAAAUUUUUUGUUUUGAUUGUUUCCUUUUUGUUUUGUUGGGUGACAUGAGCUCAUAAAUGGACAAGGUUAUACUUGAAUUAAAAAUCCAGAAGUUAAAUUCCAGUAAGGUUUCUUAAUUGUGGCAUUUGUUUCCGAAAUUGCUGAAAGUAUACUGUUGAUGGAAAUAUUUUAUAGUGGAAGUGCAGAAAUAAACCACAAUGGUGUUCUUAAUCUUGACUUGUGAUAAUGGCAUUUAUCUUUUUAGAGACUGAAUCUUCCUUUUGUCUCGUGGUUCUGGGAUACGUGUUUCUGGUGUUUUUACUCUGUAAAGCAUUUUAUUCUCCAACCAAAAUUAGAGUUCUGUUUAGGAACAUGGAUACUCUGUCCAUUAUUCUCUCUUGCUGCAAUUUCAGAAAGUUUCUUCUCUUGUAAAAUUGGAAGAUCUGAGGAAGACGAAAUCUUCCUCGGAUUCUCCUUGGAAUACCAGCCUUUGUCCUUUAUUUUCUGUGAAAAAGAGUCCUAUCAUUUUUCUGUAUGCUGGCAAUAAUUGUAUAAACACCGAGAAGGGGCACAUAUGUAAGUGAUAUAGAGUGCCGGUUCCAAAGUUGCAACAUGAACCCGUAAGAUUGCUUGUGACCAUAAUGAAGCAGCAAGGUAUGUGAAUUGCAAUAGUUUACACAGAUUUCCUAUGUUUAUCUCUCGAAGGACUUCUUGGCUGUGGAAAGUAUGAUGAGCAUGAUGUCCCAGUUUCUUGCUGUCUGGUGUAAUGCCUCUUGCAGCUCUUGCUGACUGAUACAGUGCACGGGUUUGAGCUCUGUUUAAGUCAACAGUAACAAUCCGAGCUCCCUGGUCUAAUUAUCGUAUCAGACAUCAGGUUCUUCGAGCAAAAGUGCAAGGUGCUGCCUUCAUUUCUGUUCAUAUUUAUCUGUGAAAUAGCCUCUCUGUGUUUAAGUUUUGCUUGAUUCUGUCAAAAGUCAUCUCUUUUAUCCUCAGAAUUACAUCUACUUUCUGCAUUCGUCAUCCAGACGGCUGUAUCCGGUCAAAGUUCGUGCACUUCCUCUUCUUCUGAUUAUUUUUAAACUGAAUCUAAGGAAAUAAAAACCUCUUGUGGAACCUUUUCGACAUUCUAAAGCUUUUUCACCUGUUCAGCCAUGGUAAUAAAUAAGACUGAUAAGAAAAGAAAAUAGAAGACUUCUAUUUUAUUUUAUGUUACCUGUUGGUCUAGAUUUUGUCAAAGUAAAUAGGUUUUACUUAUUCAGAGUGUUGCAUAAGCUAACUCACUUUGUUUAUUAACUUUGAACCCUGAAAUAAGUCUAAUUGACCAUAUUAAGGUACAGACUGAAGGCCAAUAGAAUAUCACAGUAAAAAAAAUUUUUGAUAGACCAAGAAGACUCGGUUGUCUGCGAAAAAGGUUUGAUAUUAAUUAUUAGUAUUUAUAAAGAGCUAAGCAUUGGUUCAUAUAACACCAGAAAACUCAUCUUCAAUAAUAGUCCCAUGGGACUUACUCAUUCCUUGAUCUUUCUGUUUUACUGGCCUCUAGUCCUUAUUUCAGCAUAUUGUACCCGUACCAAUGCUGCUGCAACACCCCAUUUGUGCACCCGUCAAAGCAGCGAUUUGUUGUUCCAAUUCCAACGAAGCUUUGAGAUUAAUGGCAAAGCAGCUUCAAUAGUGGAUUGUGAAUCAAAUGGCCAACCUUCGUAUCCAAAGACAGAUCUUGGAACAAAAGCGUCGAUUGUUGUAUGUGGGAUGGAGUAACAUGUGAUGAUCUAUCUGGUGAAGUUAUCGGCCUUGAUCUUAGUUGUAGUCAGCUUCAAGGAUCUAUCAACUCCAAUAGCACACUUUUCCAACUCACAUCUUCAAAAUCUCAAC